CCAUAAUAUUUUAUUCAUUUAACCCACCCACCUCCCUUAUUAAAUUAAUAAAACCCUAACGUCACUCUCACCUCUCUCUCCUUAUAACCCGUCCCUCUCACCCUCUCUCUCCUCAUUCUCUUCGGAUCCCUCUCUCCUCCUGUCUCCCUCUCUCUCCUCAAGAAAUCUCUCUGUUUCUCUAAAAACCCUAACCUUCUCCGCCCCUGUUCUUCGUUUUUUUUGGUGAGAUCUCUCAGAUCUUUGGGGUUUUCGCUCAAAAUUGUUCUCAAACUUUAACCGGAACGACAUUCCGGUGAGAUCCCCUCUAGUUUUGUCCCCUUUGUCGUCCCAAAUCCCGGUUGGUAAUCGAUUCUCUGGUGAAAUUUUUUUGGGGAUAAAAUCGGAGUUUUAUUAGGGUUUUAUUAAUUUCUUAAUGGGAUCCUCUUCCUCCAAAUAUCUUCCGACUUAUUCGGUUGGUACUUCUGGGCAACGAAUUCCUGACUCAAACUGUGAUUGGGGCUCGAAAUGCAUUUGUCCCAACAACGAGCACUCGUAUUCUGGCGAGUAUCUGAAUAAUUUGAGGUUGGCCCAGAAGGAGAACACGAGUACCCGAAAUUAUCUCAAAGCUUGGUUUGAGAAAAUGGAAGUGGAGCCUGGUGAAGAGGUGGAGUCCAAAUACGACGAUCGAGUCCCCACACCAGCAGAUCUGAGAUUCUUUGGAGGAGACGAAUCUGAUGAGGAACCCAAUCACUCUGAUUCAUUCGACCUAUACUAUGUGGGUGAGUGUGAGAACACAACUGCUGGUCCAGAGGUUUCUGAUGGGCAAUGUUCGGUUUCGUCCCCAAACGUGAAGGAAGAUGAAAUAAAAAAAAAGCCACCUAAGGGUGUUGAUGAUGCUUAGAGAUAACAUUUUGGGUUGCUUCAUCAUCAUCAUAAUCUGAAUCAGAGUUCGUCCCGUCUCCUUCAUCAUCGGAAAAACCGAGGAACUCGUCCUCCUCUUGAUCUGAAGCCAUUAAUGUCCCCUUGCUGAUUAAUUGUAGUG